AUGGCAUCCUUGCCUUCCUUCAUCCUCGUGCUGCUUUCUUACAAUUCGGCCCGUGCAAGCGAGCCUCUGACAGAUGUGAAGCAAGCCGUCCAGCCCAUUCUCGAUGAAAUGGCUUCAAGAUACAACAUGAGUUUCACUUUCGGCUUUGUGAACUCUUCUGGGCGGCUGGGAAUGGCUUCAGGAGUCAACAGCAUUUGGAGCAAAAGGCCCUUGAAACCAGAUGAUUUGAUUCCACUUGGAUCUGUCACAAAGUCUUGGACUGCAGUCAUGGUCAUGCAGGCAGUUGAUGAAGGUAUUGUCAAACUAGAGGAUAGUGCCUCUAAGUGGAUCGAUCCAGUUCUUUCUCGUUUGUGGCACAGCAGUAUGGAAGCGUUGUGGGGCAAGGCCGCUUUGCGCAUUCGAGUCCAUGAUUUACUAGGCAUGACGAGCUGCAUCGCUGACUAUGACGAUUUCUACAUGGAACAUUUCAUUUUUGUGUUUGCAGGUGACGAUGCCGGUCCUUUUCUGUAUCUAAAGAGUGCAGCCAGGCAAGGCCUCAUUUGCACCCCAGACUCCUCGAAUCCUCUGGCCGUUUAUUCGGGUGCGAACUACAUCCUCUUGGGCUUGUUAUUGGUUCAAGCACGUGGAUUCUUCUCGUGGCAGGACAACGUUCCAACCCUUCCUUGCCCUGUUAAUGAAACGUUCAAGGUUCCAACUGUAUAUUCAGCUGGCAAACUAGCAAACCCCCUAGGUAUGUUCAGCACUUGUUCAUUGCCGAGCAAAACCUGCAGGAUUUGGAUCAGAUUCGUGUGA